AUGGAAGAAACGCACGUAUUGUUGAAUAAAGUAACGUACCACCUGACACCGAUUGGUUGUCCAGUAAUGUUUGAGCUGGAUAUAUUCCAUAAGCAAGUCAUCCUCUGCAAGACCACCUUUUCGCCGCUAGAUGUAUUUACACUCGACAGAUCUCUAUUUGCUACGGUAAUUACUACCUUAGUUACAUUUAUUGUCUUUAUCAAACAGUACAGCAUCAUAGACGAGUGUAAAUAA